UUCACUUCGAUAAUGACGACCAACAUGCCAAACGAUCUUUAUGCCGUCGCAGAUUUCUGCCUCAUCCCGAUCGGAACAGGAGAAUCUUCUGUCGCAGAGUAUAUCGCAGAGUGCCACAGAGUCCUGGAAAAAUCAGGCCUGACAUUUAAGGAUACAUGUCUCAGCGGAUAUGCUACUAAUCAUGAGGGGCCUCGGAGCGAAGUGUCUAAAGCCAUACAUGAUUGCCAUGCUGCAGUACACGCCAAAGGUGCCCCUCGAGUUGCCACCGACAUCCGCAUUGGUACACGCGUAGAUCGUGACAUUCUCGCAGGUGAUGGCAACGACCACAAGGUGAGACGUGUAGAAGAGAUCCUAGCAAGAGACAGAGCAACUGCAUCAUGAGUCCGUGCUGCUUGAUCAGUUUGUUUAGGCAGGUAAUCAUGUAUGAUUUGUUUCGGCUUCGGCUUCAUGCUUUCGCAUCGUCUGUACAACAUAGGCAUGGCGACAUUAUGUGACGCGAUUUCAUACUUGACACGAUAGACAUAUAUCACAACAGUGACCCUAUAGCGCGGUAAUCUGCAACUGUUACUUCACGUACAGUGAGGACCAGCGUUCA